AUCACAGUGGCUAACGGACUGUAUCUACUUCAGCAAAUAUCCAAAAACAAACAGGUGUGUGUGUGUGUGUGUGUGUGUGUGUGUGUGUGUGUCACGAAAAUAACAGUGUGUACCCCGUUACUUGCCGACUGAUAUAACACCGCCAUCUGUGAGCCACCCACACCACCCAACCAACCAGCUAGCCCUUCCUUGGUCAGUGCCGCCUCCUGGACACACACGGGAGGAGGUGUUCACUCUCCCGUGUUCACAAAUAUACGGUAGUGAGAAACCAAAUAUAUCGAUCGUAAUUCGUGUCGUGUCAAAUCAAGCUGAAUAUUUUGUUACCAUUAGCCGUAUUAUAUGAGUUGUAAUUAAACCCCGUAAUGCUUAAAACACUUUAUAACACCUGUAGCGAUCAAUAGCGUGUGGUGUUCGUUCACGUAUAACGCAAUGAUAAUAAUUAUGGAAGUUAUACCUGAAGAAUGAGCAACCGUUUUCUAUGAUAUCGUAUGACGUAGCCACAGGAAAUCGAUUUUUUUUAGGUGAAUUUCCGGGCGAUUUGAUAAUUAAAAAAGGUCUUGUUGUUUUCACCGUUAAGUUAAGACAAGGUAUUGAUUUAAAGGUGAUAUUUUAGAAGAUACUGUUAUUACUGUUUGAGAGACGUCACUACAAUGUGGUGGUAUUUUUCCUGCUGGAUACUGUUGACGUUACUAUGUGGGUCUUCACUAUCACAGGCUCACAACAUCUUCCAUACACAUAAAAUCAACAAUCAAGUCUCCAGGAAUCACACCCACACUAAUAUCCACAUCGGUACAGACACUCCAGAUUCCUACACCAAUCAUACCCGCAUCUGGUAUAAUGACAACCUCCAGAGAGAAACGAAGAAGGAGCAAUAUCGUCAACUCCUCCUUCAGGUACUCCAACACCACCAGCAGGCUCAUCGACGAUUCCUGGAGACUGUGAGGACUCGAGGUCUUACAGAAGUCACCCUACAGCAGUGGCUCAUAACGUCUUCAAGGAUGAAAACAAAGAGCAAUGACCUUCUGACCUUCCUGAUGGGGGGGUUGACGGAGGCGUCCCCAAGUUCUCCUAACUUCUCAAGUAAUAAGAGGCGGCGUCGUAGCCAGGGAGGUAUGAUGUACCUGCCUGUAGGAGGGACGACGCAGGUACAGUGCCCAACAGCUGCUGAUGCUGCUGGCGUCUCCAUCACCCAGAUGGCCUUCCUCACCAUCUGCCUCACCGUCUUCAACAUCAUCGUCAACAUCAACAACAACAUCAACAACAACAACAACAAUAAUAACAUCAACUCUGACAACAACCUGAGUAACAACAACGCCCAACUUUCCCUCAACGUCAACAACGGAGCUCAGGUGAACGUCAUGCUGCCACCACCUAUCCCAGGACGAAGGAAGAGAGCCACACUUAGGGACAACUGGCACCAGGUCCUCCCUCACACCACCACUAGUGACUCCCUCGAUCACAUCCUCCAUCAGGUGGUGAAGGAGAAACAAUCAAAACAACACUUGAUCACAUACGGGAAAGAGAUACAAGAUACAAACCAAAGGAAGAGAGAUAAGAGGAAGAAGCUAAUGAUAAGGAGACAAAGAGAGGAAGUGAUAAACCUUCCUAAUAGCUCUUACAAUACUGGGCAGCUUCAAGAAGGUGUUGGAGUGAGGAAGGUGGCACACGACGCGGUUAACCUGACGAGGAGGACUAAGCAGGGGUUCGCUGGGGUGGCUGAGAGGGUGAUGACGGUGGUGGUGACGGGGUGGAUGAAGGAGUCACCCUUGGCCUCACCUGCCUGUCGGGGCCUCCACCUGUGUCGUAACUUCACAACACAACGUCACCUGCCCCGAGAUGUGUGGCUGAAUGUCCUGGCCAGCUUCGUGACGCACCAGAGAGUAACGGGCGCCACCACCAGUCUCCACCACUUCGUCAGGUCCGCCGUCACUGGUCAGGGCUGUCGUCACCUGUUCCCAGAAUGUAAACAAACCCUCGUCAGCUGAUGUCCUCAUAACUACGAGGGCGAUUCUCAGUAUUAAAUGUAUCUCUUUACAUUACAUACAAUAAAUUACUACUUUGAUA